AUGUCUGAUAGUGAAUUUGAAUGUACGCCACCAGAACUGCGGAUAGCUGCAGAGAGAGCUACUGAAGGAAUAAUUCCUGAAAAAAGCAGGGAGAGGUAUGAAAACACCUAUGAACUAUACACUGAAACUGAACUUUUAAAAAUGUCGGGAGGUUCGGCAACGUCUUCAACUGAUUCCGAGGUUUUAGGAGAAAUGAAAGAAAAAAAUAAAGUAAGAAACACAAAAAAGGUCACUAGUCAACAAAAUUUUGAAACUCUGUUUGCAUCAUCAUCGUCAAAAUUUUGUUCGUUUCAACCAAUCAUACCGGAAGAAACUCCUGAGCCUGUUGUUGAAAGCGAAAAUAUAAUUUUGGAAACCAAUUUUUCGGAUGAGGCAAUUAUUUCUCCUGAAGCAAUUGCAAAUGCGCAGUUUUUAAAUGUCAUCGAACAGCCUUUGAUUGGAGAAGAAAGUAAAAACGACAUUAUUAACAAGUUGAAUGACAUUGAGCAAAAAUUUAAUCAGUUUAAAAAUGAUAUAACAGAGAGCGUAAAAGAUAUGUUGGUGAAGGCAGUUGCGGCAAUUAAAUCAGAUUUUGAUGCCAAAUUAUUGUCAGCAAUGCAGAAUUUUAAAAACAAUCAUCAGGAUGAUGACAAUAUUCAAUUUGAAUUUCAUGCCGUUUCAACCUCACAGGAGUUAAGUCAAUUAGAGGAAAAUCUCAAAGAUCCAAAUUAUGAAAAGAAAGUAAGAAAUUAUUUUAAAAAAAUUAUUGGUAAUAUUCCUGAUACUAGUAAUGGUUUGGAUACCUGCUAUAGUAUUGUAGAUUAUUUUUUUGAGAAAAAAUUUAUGGUGCAGUGUUCGUGGACGGGAGGAAGUAGAAGCAACACUGAAAAAUGUUGUAUUAAAAAUUGCAAAAAUAUUUUAGAAGUGUUUUUUACAAUAGUCCAAAGUUCCAAUAAAGAUUUUUCGAAGGCUUUGUUGAAAAAAUUUAUAAUUGGAAUUACAAGAAAUGCAAAGAAGCGUAGUUUAACUGGAGGCAUCCGCCAAUCUUCAAUACAUAGAAGAAAAAAAUCAAUGGUUAAAAAACAACGUUUAAGUGGAAAAAGAAAAGGUGUUGCUCAAAGACAAGGCGAAAAUGAAAUUUUUUAUGAAAAUGAGCAAUCAUUUAAUGAAGAAAAAGAAUAUGAUGAAGAUAACGAUGAAUAUGGUAUGGAAAAAUAUGAAGCUGACGGUGAAGAUGCUAUAAUAGAACAUGACGAGGUUGAAGAGGAAGAUAAUAAUGAUACAGACACGGACUAAAAGAACAUUUUUAUUAAAAAAACUUUUUAAUUUACAUUCAAGUUUUGUUUAUUUUUAAUAGUGUGUAGAAGAGGAAUAAAAACAAUUUUACUUUCA